AUGGAACAAAGAGGAUGCGGGGCAUGGCGGGAGCGACGGCAGUGGGUUGUGUUCAUGGUUGCUUUGGUUCUCUUUUGGAGCGGAGCGUCUGCUCAGAUAAGAUACUCCAUCUCUGAAGAGCUCAUGGAAGGAACUGUCGUGGGGGAUAUAGUUAAGGAUUUGGGAAUUGAUCUGAGCGCCUUGAAAGAUAGGGGAUUUCGAAUCGUGUCUGGCUCGACCGAGCCCCUUUUCCAGGUAAACCAGAAUGACGGCAUCUUGUAUGUGAACCAAAAAAUAGACAGAGAGGAGGUGUGUGAACGGAGCAGCGUGUGUUUAAUCAAUCUGAAAACCGUUCUAGAGAACCCGCUGGAGAUCCAUUAUGUCGCGGUGGAGGUGUUAGAUGUUAACGACCAUUCUCCCAGCUUUCCCGAGACAGAGAAAAGGUUAGAGAUGUCAGAAUCUGCGUUGCAGGGGACGCGAUUUCAGCUGCACGCUGCAGACGACCCAGACAGUGGCCAGUAUUCAGUUCAACAAUAUAAACUCAGUCAGAAUGAUCAUUUCCGUUUGGAAGUUAAAGAUAGAGGUGAUGACCGCAAAACACCUAUUUUGGUUUUACAAAAAACACUGGAUAGGGAGGCUUUAAAAAGCCAUCAGCUAAUUCUCACAGCCCUUGACGGUGGGAAACCUCCCAGGUCUGGAGAAAUUAGAAUAACUGUAGACGUGUCAGAUGUUAACGAUAACGCCCCAGUCUUUACAAAGGACGUAUACUCAGUAUUGCUGAAUGAAAACGCUCCUUUAGGCACGACCGUGAUACAGGUUAAUGCCACUGAUUUGGACGAGGGUUCUAAUGGUGAAGUGAUCUAUUCUUUUGCCAAUGACGUGCAAGGGAAGGUGCGGAAACGUUUCGACUUAAACCCGAAAACUGGUGAAAUAAUUGUAACAGGAGUUAUAGAUUAUGAAGAAAAUAAAAUAUAUGAACUUGAUAUUCAGGCAUCAGACAAGGGGACAGCUGCAUUGACAACUGAAAAAAGUGUUAUAAUCAAAAUAGUUGACGUUAAUGACAACGCACCUGAGAUAGAGGUGACAUCAUUUGCUAACGCAAUCCCCGAGGAUUCUAGACCCGGAACUACUGUAGCACUAAUCAAUGUUAAUGACUUGGACUCUGGUCUCAAUGGAAAAGUUCUGUCUUCUAUAAGUGAGGGCGUUCCGUUCACUCUAACGCCGUCUUUACAGGACAACAUGUACUCUGUAGUCACCAAGUCACCACUGGAUAGAGAGAAACAGUCUGAAUAUGAUCUAACAAUAGUAGCCAAAGACGCAGGCCAGCCGUCCUUGUCAUCUGUAAAGACUAUCAGCGUUGUUGUAUCAGAUGUGAAUGAUAACAGUCCAGAGUUUUCACUGAGUCCUUAUGCUUUCUAUGUCACUGAGAAUAACAUCCCCGGCGCCUCAGUAUUUUCCGUGACUGCCUCAGAUCGUGACUUAAAUGAAAACGCUCUUAUUUCAUAUCAUAUUAUCAGAAACGGUGGCGAAAUUAACAAAUUGUUAUCUUUUCUAAACAUAAAUCCUGAAAAUGGGAACGUAUUUGCGCAAAAAAGCUUUGACUUUGAAACUUUAAAAACGUUCCAAUUCCAAGUUGUAGCUACAGACUCUGGAACUCCGUCACAAAGCAGCAACGUCACAAUAAACGUGUUCAUUCUGGAUCAGAACGACAACGCUCCAGUGAUCUUGUAUCCAGUCAGCGCUAACGGUUCCGCUGAAGGUGUGGAGGAGAUUCCCCGCAAUGUGAACGCAGGCCGUUUGGUGACUAAAGUGAGAGCCUAUGACGCUGAUAUAGGAUAUAACGGCUGGUUAUUAUUUUCGCUGCAGGAAGUUACUGACCACAGUCUCUUUGCUUUGGACCGCUAUACUGGACAGAUACGGACACUUCGGUCAUUCACAGAGACAGACGAGGCUGAGCAUAAACUGGUCAUACUGGUAAAAGACAAUGGGAACGUUUCACUGUCGGCAACAGCUACUGUGAUUAUCAAGGUUGUGGAGCCCAAAGAGGCUUUUGCAGCUUCUGAUGUUAAAAGUUCAGUAAAAGACGAGGAGGAGAACAGCGUUACAUUUUAUUUGAUCAUUACUUUGGGGUCAGUUUCAACGCUUUUUCUCAUCAGCAUCGUCGUGUUGAUUGUAAUGCAGUGCUCCAAACCCACAGACUAUUCCUCCAAGUAUUUACAAGAUACGAAUAACGACGGGACGCUGUGCCACAGCAUCCAGUACAGAUCCGGAGACAAACGGUACAUGUUAGUUGGACCCAGAAUGAGUAUAGGUUCUACUAUUGUCCCGGGCAGCAAUGGGAAUACUCUAGUGCUACCUGAACACAGAAGAGCUUCUGGAGAGGUAAGAAGUUAA